AGAUGUGCCAGACCCCACUGCCCCCUAAAAAGCCCCUUCCCCACUGUUUUCUCCAUGUCCUGAAGUGGUCUGCGGAGGGCAGAGAAGGGGGUUUUCCAUCCGUUUUUCUCAGGACUGGCACUCACGCGGUGGACACUGCUCACCCCCACCCCCAGCUCCCAGUUCCUCCUUCCUGGGUCUGUACAUCUUCCUGGGUCUGAGGGUCUUUUGACUUGAGUGGGGAGGUUGGGGGCAGACUUAAUGGAACACAAGCAUGCAAGAAGGGGAGCAGAUCAGGCAAAGGAGGCAGAUAAUGUUUUCUCUACUUCUACACUCCAGUGAGGGACAAAAACCAAGCUUCCACUCACCCAAUUGGCCCUACAUGCCACCCAGGCUCCCAGCCUCUCUCACACAUGCUCCGAUUCAUACACACUCUUUGAUACACACUUGUGCACACUCACUUUCCUGUUCACACAUUCAUGUGAGAUACAUGUGAGUUCACACAUAAAGUUGGGUAUGUGAGUGGACAUCUAUCCAAAUAUAUUCUUAUAUAGUCAAUGUCAUACACCACAAAUCCACUUAAUUAUGCAUCUUAACUUUCACAGACUUUUUAAGAGUGACCCGCUUAUUUACAUACGUACUCAUGUAAGAUGCACAUAUGAAUUCACACAUAUAUUCAUGUAUGUAUGAAUUCAUCCAAACAUAUCUACGCAUAUUCAUGAUGUUUUCACACAUUUUCAUAUAUACAGUGCUUAUUUUCCUGCUCCUGUGCACAUAGUCUCACACACACAAGUAAGUAAACGCACACACUCCUCCUACGCAAUUCUCUGUCCACUUCUUGGCCCCCCCGCUCUGCAUGAUGACUUCAGCAGAUGCCUGAGUCCUCGUCUACGGCUUCAGGAUGGAGGAGGAGGGAGUUCCGGGUGGAGACUUUCCGUCCCCUUACAGGAAGAAUCUGGGCCUGGGGAGGUGGAGUCCUCUUUCCUGGGCUCCAGGGAAGUGAGAUCUUGGAGCAGCUGUCAGAGGUUCCUCCGGAGGCCCUUGGCCAGGCCUGAGCCUCUACCGCCAUGGCCAUUGUGCAGACUCUGCCGGUGCCACUGGAGCCUGCUCCUGAGGCCGCCACUGCCCCACAAGCGCCAGCCAUGGGCAGCGUGAGCAGCCUCAUCUCAGGCCGGCCCUGCCCCGGGGGGCCGGCUCCCUCCCGCCACCAUGGCCCCCCUGGACCCACCUUCUUCCGCCAGCAGGAUGGGCUACUGCGGGGUGGCUAUGAGGCACAGGAACCGCUGUGCCCAGCUGUGCCCCCCAGGAAGGCCAUCCCUGGCACCACCUUCACCUACAUCAAUGAGGACUUCCGGACAGAGUCACCCCCCAGCCCCAGCAGUGACAUUGAGGAUGCCCGAGAGCAGCGGGCAUGCAAUGCCCAUCUCCGUGGUCCCCCACCAAAGCUCAUCCCUGUCUCUGGAAAGCUGGAGAAGAACAUGGAGAAAAUCCUGAUUCGCCCAACAGCCUUCAAGCCAGUGCUGCCCAAACCUCGCGGGGCGCCAUCUCUCCCCAGCUUCCUGGGUCCUCGGGCCACCGGACUGUCUGGGAGCCAGGGCAGCCUAACACAGCUGUUUGGGGGCCCUGCAUCAUCGUCGUCUUCCUCCUCCUCCUCGGCUGCCGACAAACCCCUGGCACUGAGUGGCUGGGCCAGUGGCUGCCCAUCAGGGACACUGUCCGAUUCUGGACGAAACUCACUGUCCAGCCUGCCCACUUAUAGCACCGGGGGUGCUGAACCGGCCACCAACUCCCCAGGCGGGCACCUGCCUUCCCAUGGCCCUGGACGGGGGGCACUGCCAGGGCCAGCCCGAGGGGCCCCUGCUGGCCCCUCCCACUCGGACAGUGGUCGUUCUUCCUCCAGCAAGAGCACAGGCUCCCUGGGGGGCCGCGUGGCUGGGGGGCUCUUGGCUAGUGGUCCUCGGGCAUCCCCUGACAGCAGCUCCUGUGGGGAGCGCUCCCCACCACCGCCACCACCCCCUCCACCCCCUUCGGAUGAGGCACUGCUGCACUGUGUCCUGGAAGGGAAGCUCCGAGACCAUGAGGCAGAGCUACAGCAGCUGCGGGACAGUCUGGAUGAGAGCGAGAUGACCAUGUGCCAGGUUUACGAGGACCGGCAGCGGCACUUGCAGCAGGAGCGCGAGGCCCUGCGAGAGGACGGUGCGGCCCAGGCACAGCGGGCACAGCGGGCCCAACAGCUGUUGCAGCUGCAGGUGUUCCAGCUGCAGCAGGAGAAGCGGCAGCUGCAGGAUGACUUUGCGCAGCUGCUGCAGGAACGUGAACAGCUGGAACGGCGCUGCGCCACCUUCGAGCGGGAGCAGCGGGAGCUCGGGCCACGGCUUGAGGAGACCAAGUGGGAGGUGUGCCAGAAGUCAGGCGAGAUCUCCCUGCUGAAGCAGCAACUGAAGGAGUCUCAGGCAGAGCUGGUGCAGAAGGGCAGUGAGCUGGUGGCCCUGCGGGUGGCUCUGCGGGAGGCCCGGGCAGCGCUACGGGUCAGUGAGGGCCGGGCACGGGGACUCCAGGAGGCAGCCCGAGCACGAGAGCUGGAGCUAGAGGCCUGUUCCCAGGAGCUGCAGCGGCACCGCCAGGAGGCUGAGCGGCUGCGCGAGAAAGCUGGGCAGUUAGACACUGAGGCGGCUGGACUCCGGGAACCCCCUGUGCCUCCUGCCACUGCUGACCCGUUUCUCCUGGCGGAGAGUGACGAGGCCAAGGCACAGCGGGCGGCAGCCGGGGUUGGGGGCAGCCUGCGGGCCCAGGUGGAGCGGCUGCGGGCCGAGCUACAGCGGGAGCGGCAGAGGGGCGAAGAGCAGAGGGACAGCUUCGAGGGGGAGCGGCUGGCCUGGCAGGCAGAGAAGGAGCAGGUGAUCCGCUACCAGAAGCAGCUGCAGCACAACUACAUCCAGAUGUACCGGCGGAACCGGCAGCUGGAGCAGGAGCUACAGCAGCUCAGUUUGGAGCUGGAGGCCCGGGAGCUUGCUGAUCUGGGCCUGGCUGAGCCAGCCCCCUGCAUCUGCCUGGAGGAGAUCACUGCUACCGAAAUCUAAGGCCCUGGGCAUCCCGUCUCUGCAGGGAGUUCUACUGAAGGGGAACGGUUGCCUCAGGUCCACUGAGGGCCCCAGAGCCACUCAUCCCUUGGGAUCUAGACCUCUGGGCCCCUGCCAAGAACUCGGGGCUGCACUAUGACUUGGAUGAGCAAGAUCAGACCCCUUGGACUUGCAGGUCCCCAUGUUCACUGUCACCCAGAGGCUCCUACUCAACCUGUUUCACUCCACCCCAGCUGCCAGUGCCACUGCCAACCCCACUCACCCCGACACUCACCAGCUCCCUCAGCCAGGGGGCUGGAGAGAGGAAGGGGCGCCCUCAUUUCCACACUCCCCCGCCCCAAAGCCAGAGAGAGCCAGACAGUGCCAGCUGCUCCAGAUGUGCCUGCCCCCACCCUGCCCAUGCUGGGGGACAGAGCUGGAACUGGGGCCUGAUCCCCAGCUUCCAGCUCUGCAGCCUUUCUCUUGGGGUGAGGGGGCUGUAGUCAGACCAAAGGAAGAACUCAGAAAUGUCUUGUUUAUUUGUGUUUGUGACCAAGGGGCCCCUCCCCACACCCAGAUUUAUGGCCUCGUUUUUCACUUGUAUAUUUUUCACACUGUAAAUUUCUUGUACAAACCCAAAGAAAAAAAUUAAAAAAUUUUUUUUUUGUUU